UCAUUCCUUUUCCUCUCCUUCUCCUUUGUCCUUUCCUUUUAAUAAACAAAUAAAGCAUAGAGUUCAGGCAUCUUUGAGAGCCUAGAGUUUUGUUUUCUUUGUUCAAUCUACCAUGGUUACAGAUACCAACCAAAGAUUCAAGCUUUUCCUCUUCUACUUGUGUUUAUUUCUCAAGACCCAUUUCUCUCUCGGAGCUGAUACCAUAUCUUCGGAGCACACAAUCUCUGGUGAAUCUACCAUUGCCUCUGCGAGAAGGGUAUUUGAGUUGGGAUUCUUUCGACCAGGUUCAUCCCCACACUAUUACCUCGGCAUAUGGUACUUGAAAGAUCCUACUCGCAAACCAGUUUGGGUGGCAAAUAGAGACAGACCAGUUACACUUGCGGCGGAGCUAACAAUCUCAGAUGGUAAUUUAGUUCUCUUCGAUAAGUCGAAUACGGCGGUUUGGUCCACGAAUGUGAGCUCCACUAGUCGCUCCUCUCGUUCUGUAAAGGCGGUUCUUCUGGACAACGGAAACCUUGUCUUAAAAGACACACCAGGUCCAUCAAAACCCUUGUGGGAAAGCUUUGAUUAUCCUACUCAUGUAUGGCUGCCUGGUGCUAAAUUUAGGUAUAACAAAAUGACUAAUGCUAGCCAGGUUCUCACUUCAUGGAAGAACUCGGAAGACCCCACUCCAGGCCUCUUCUCCUGUGAGCUUGAUCCAAAAGAUAAUACUUUUAUGUUACUAUGGAGUAGGACUCAAAAGUAUUGGAAUAGUGGAACUUGGAGCAGUAGUACUUUUAGCAAUUAUCCCACGAAGAGCUUCAGGUAUAUCUAUAAUUACAACUUUGUUAACAAUACAAACGAGAGCUAUUACACCUAUUCCAUUAAAGAAGAAUCUCCAGUUAUAUCUCAUCUUGAAAUCGAUGUUUCGGGGCAGGUUAAGAUAGUAAAUCUGGUGUCUCCUGAUACAUGGACUGUGUUUUGGUCAUUUCCGAGUCAACAAUGUGAUGUCUAUGGCUUUUGUGGGGCAUAUGGAAGCUGUAAUGAAAACUUAUUGCCCCAUUGCAGUUGUCCCAAAAGGUUUAAGCCAAAGUCGCCAAGCGAUUGGAAUUCGAAGAGGGACUAUUCGGGUGGCUGCAUUAGAGAUACAAAAUUGCAGUGUGAGAAGAUCAAUGGUAGUACUAUUGCUAAAGGUAACGAGAGAGAUACGUUUUUGGAGAUGCACAUUAUGCUGUUGCCUGAAAAUAAACGAGCUGUGGAAGCAAAGAGUUCAGCUGAAUGCAAAUCGAAAUGCUUGAUCAAUUGCUCUUGUACUGCUUAUGCUUAUGACACCAUUGAUUGUUCAAUCUGGACCGGAGAGCUCUUGAAUUUGGUGCAGCUUGGAGCCGAUGACAGCAAUCGAAAGACUCUCUUUGUUCGACACGCUGUUUCGGAUCAUAAAAGACUUUUGCGAAAUUGGAAGCUCUAUAUUGUCUUGUCUGGGUGCAUUGCCAUGUUCAUCUUUUGCAUUGCUGGUUAUGUUUACUACAUGAGAAGAAAAAUAGUGGCCAACAAAGAUGGUUUCAGGAGAAACAGUCAGAUAAACCGGAUAGUUAGCUCGGAUGAAAGUGAGAGGCACGUCUCAAACUUGCUACUUUCGAGUUCAGGACAAUUCGGAGAAGACGAGAAGAGAGACAUAAAUAUUCCAUUUGUAACUCUGGAAAGCAUACUAGUUGCUACAGAUAACUUUUCAGAGGCAAACAAACUUGGAGAAGGUGGAUUUGGCCCAGUUUAUAAGGGCUUAUUUCCUGGAGAAGAGGAAAUUGCUAUAAAGAGGCUUGCAAGUGGUUCGACUCAAGGCUUAGAGGAAUUUAAGAAUGAGGUAUUGUUGAUCGCCAAACUUCAGCAUCGAAAUCUUGUUAGACUAGUGGGGUAUUGUGUUGAAGGGGAUGAAAAGUUGUUACUUUACGAAUACAUGCCCAACAAGAGUUUGGACACAUUCAUAUUUGAUGGCCAGCUAUGUGUGUUGCUCAAUUGGGAGAUUCGCUUUAAUAUCAUAUUGGGAAUUGCAAGAGGGCUUAUUUAUCUUCAUCGCGAUUCAAGAUUAAGAAUUAUUCAUAGAGAUUUGAAGUCUAGCAAUGUUCUACUUGACGAGGAAAUGAAUCCAAAAGUUUCAGACUUUGGAUUAGCAAAGAUUUUUGGAGGUAAACAAAUCGAGGCAAGCACAAACAGAGUCGUUGGUACAUAUGGUUACAUGUCUCCAGAAUAUGCAUUAUACGGAUUAUUCUCAGAAAAAUCAGAUGUUUUCAGUUUUGGUGUUGUCAUACUUGAGAUUAUAAGUGGAAGAAGAAACACAAGGUUUAGCCAAUCAGAACUAGCUAUGAGUCUUCCUCAUUAUGCAUGGAAAUUAUGGAAAGAAAACAAGGCAGUUGAUCUAAUGGACGCAACAUUAAGGGAGACUUGCAACGUAAAUGAAUUCUUGAGAUGUGUCAAGGUAGGACUACUUUGUGUAGAAGAUGACCCAAAUGAUCGUCCCACCAUGUCAAAUGCGGUCUCCAUGCUUGAAAAUGAAGCUAGCAGUAUUUCAAGUCCCAAACAACCAACUUUUGUUUUGAAAACCUCUGUUUCUAACGAGGGUUGUAGUGAACAAUUCUCUGAAAACGCGUUGACGAAUACGAUUAAUGUAGGUCGUUGAUCAUGUAAACCUUCCAAUACUGUAUACAUUUCUUGCUCCCAUGAAUAUAUUUUAUGCGUUUCUACUUUUUA